AUGGCGCUGCGGAGGGCGCAGGCGGGCCGGGCGCGGGAAGCGGCCGCCCUCGGGGCGGUGCCGACCUCUGCUCCCGGAACGGCUCGGCGGCGGCCGGCGAGGCAGAUGUCCGCCUCCUCCAGACGGAAAAGCAAGGGGCGGCCGGUGCCGGGCGCCUCCGGCUCCCCGCUGGCCGCCCCCCUCGGUGCCGGUGCCGAGGGCGGGCCGCUGGCCCUCGGCGUCGCCGACCCUGUGGAGGCAGGAGAUGACAAAGUCCCGAAAAUGUUGCGAAGAACCCUCGCCCAGCUGUCGCUGGGCAGCAUGAAGUCCGCAAACAUAUGCAUAGGUCGUCCGGUCUUGCUCACCUCUGCUGAUGGGCGACAGGAGGUCUGUACUGCUUGGCCCACUACAGGCUUUCCAGGUGGGAAAAUUGGGCUGAGUGAAACCACACAGAAGAACCUGAAAGUGAAUCCAGGUGAUGCCAUCACUGUGCAGCCCGUGACUGGUGCAGUCAUCCAGGCAGAGGAAGUCGAUGUAAAGUUGAGGGACAAAGAUGCCACCGUUAAUGCUGAAGAAAUGUCUGUCUGUCUACUGAGGAACCUAGAUGGGAAAAUAGUUUUACCAGGAAACCUCUUGGCUUUCUCUUUCUAUGGCAAACUUUGUAACAUCGUGGUGAUGAAAGUGAAAGGAACUGAUGGCGUGGAGUUGACUGCCCAGGGCAGUGCUAUUCCCAGUGAUACGCAUGAACCAGACCUUGAGACAUCUGAUUUGGAGACGAGUAUGUUAGAUUUGUCCUUACAGCUUGGCAAGAUGGACGUGGACGAUGGCCCAGGGGUUGCGUCUAUGAGCACACCAAGCAAACCAAUGGAUCCAGGAUCACCAGUUACACCCAGUUCUGCUGUGGCAGCCAGUGGUCAAGACUCUGGUGAGGGAGAUAAAACCUACAGCAAGGGAGACAGUGCAGACCUCACCAAUAAUUUGGAGUUGGCUGGGAAAGGAGGCAGUGAGGGACUACCACUAACUGGCAAAACUGGAGCAAUAAGCAAUACGGAUGCUUUUUAUUUCAUUUCUUCAAGAACUAGAAUCAAUUUUACUGCAACAAGGACCAAUGUAGCAGAAGAUAGUGAUUGUGAAUCCCGAGUCACCUAUGAUAUGAUAGGAGGUUUAAAGAGCCAGCUCAAAACUAUUAGAGAAACAGUUGAACUGCCCUUGAAGCAAGCUGAACUGUUCAAGAGUUACGGAAUCACUCCUCCUCGAGGAGUGCUAUUAUAUGGCCCUCCAGGUACCGGGAAGACUAUGAUUGCCAAAGCCAUUGCAAAUGAGGUUGGCGCUCACGUUACCGUUAUUAAUGGUCCUGAAAUAAUAAGCAAGUUUUAUGGGGAGUCUGAAUCAAGAUUACGUCAGAUAUUUGCUGAAGCUUCUCUGCGUCGCCCCUCCAUUAUAUUUAUAGAUGAGUUGGAUGCCCUGUGUCCAAAGAGAGAAGGGGCUCAGAAUGAAGUUGAAAAGAGAGUUGUUGCUUCAUUGCUGACGUUAAUGGAUGGCAUUGGCUCAGAAGGUAGUGAAGGGCAGCUCUUGGUACUUGGGGCCACUAAUCGUCCUCAUGCACUGGAUGCAGCACUGCGCAGACCUGGGCGUUUUGAUAAAGAGAUAGAAAUUGGAAUUCCUAAUGCCCAAGACCGUCUGGACAUACUCCAGAAGCUUCUCAAGAAAGUUCCCCAUUCACUCACAGCAGUGGAGUUGGCGCAACUGGCCGAUAGUGCACAUGGUUACGUGGGUGCAGACUUAGCAGCUCUAUGCAAGGAGGCGGGUUUGUAUGCAUUGCGGAGAGCACUGGGGAAAAGACCUAACCUAUUAGACAACGAGGUGGCUGGGUCAGUGAUGAUUGCUUUCAAUGACUUCCUGCAGGGGAUGAAUGAUGUCAGGCCCAGCGCCAUGAGGGAGGUGGCAGUUGAUGUGCCAAAAGUAUCUUGGUCAGACAUAGGAGGACUAGAAGACAUCAAGCUGAAAUUGAAGCAGGCAGUUGAAUGGCCUCUCAAACAUCCCGACUCCUUCAUCCGAAUGGGGAUUCAGCCUCCAAAAGGUGUGCUGCUUUACGGACCUCCUGGGUGCUCAAAAACAAUGAUAGCAAAAGCUUUGGCUCAUGAAAGCGGUCUCAACUUCUUGGCAGUGAAGGGACCUGAGCUGAUGAAUAAAUACGUUGGUGAGUCUGAACGAGCAGUGAGAGAGAUCUUUAGGAAAGCCAGAGCGGUGUCUCCUUCAAUUCUGUUCUUUGAUGAAAUAGAUGCCUUGGCAGUUGAAAGAGGAAACUCUUCAGGUGGAAAUGUAGCAGACCGUGUCUUGGCUCAGUUGUUGACGGAAAUGGAUGGAAUAGAACAGCUGAAGGACGUGACAAUUUUGGCAGCUACAAACAGACCAGACAUGAUAGACAAGGCCUUGCUGAGACCAGGACGAAUAGACAGAAUUAUCUACGUGCCAUUGCCAGAUGCAGCCACUCGCGGGGAGAUCUUCAAACUUCAUUUUCAGUCCAUGCCAGUCGGUGAUGAUGUCUGCUUAGCGGACCUCAUUCAACACACGCAGAAGUACUCAGGAGCAGAGAUAACAGCAGUCUGUAGAGAAGCAGCCCUUCUGGCUCUUCAGGAAGACAUAGAUGCCAAAUCUAUCAUGCAACGGCACUUUCGGUACGCGCUGACUGUCGUGACCCCAAGGAUUCCCGAUUCGUUAAUCCAGUUUUAUGCAGAUUAUCAGCAGCAAAGUGGACUGCACGCGCUUUGAGAGGCAAAUUAAUACAUACCCUUAUUCACGGUGUGAAUGGCAAAUUUCCCUUGUAAAGCCGUCAAAAGCUAAAGAAUUUUGCAUUGUGAGUGAGUGGAGCAUCCGAAGUUAACUGAAGUGCAGAAUCGUCCUAAUAAAUGCCCAUGUGGGUAACAACUAUCGUCCAAAAUUUUCUGUUUUGAAUUUCAGUGGUAUAAUCUGCAUUUUAGAGGCAGUAAGAUUGCUGGUUUAAGUCAGGUUAUCUGAGUGCACAUCCGUGUAGCAAAUCCUAAUUAUCAAAUUUUGAAUUUUUGGUGGAUUCUUGGCCCUAAAGAGAGUAGCAAUAAGUGCCAUUAUUGUGUUUAUUUGUUCCUGCCUCAACCAUGGUUUAAUCCCAGGGACCAUCCCAGUGAGGCGUAGACCUUGGGGAGUGGCCUCACUACAAGAAUGCUGAAAAUUAUUCUGAAUCUUUUGAUUUAUGAUCUCCAGAAAAGCUGCCAAACAGGCUUGCCGAACAUAGAGCUUCCCGAGAUAAAGCUAAGGUGUCCUGACUGAUUACAGCGAAACAUUUAUCUUUGGUCUUAAACAGCUCCUUUCUACACAUACGGGGAAGUAGGCACCUUAAAAAUUGUACAUCCCAUAGCUGCCUGUGCAUUUCGGAAACGUGGACUGCAUCCAACUCUUGGCUAACCUGAAACCACUGCUAGGCAUCAGUGAGGGGUUUUUUUGUUGUUUGUUUGUUUGUUUCCAUCAAAACAGGAACGUUCAUUGGUAAUUUAAAGCCGGCCACUUAAGGUCCUAAUGAAUCCUAAUUAAUGAAUAAGAAAACCUCCUUGCAAAUACUGUUAUAAAUGACCACAAAAUAGUUCUGGGACUGAUAAAAUCUUUUCAAUUUAUUUCUUUGUUAUAUCGUCUGUUGAAAUGAUGACAGGUCCUUACGGAUCUCUGCUCUUGCACUCAGUAUGAAAUCCAGUCAAGCAAACUCAUUUACAGCAUUUUUCCCCACAACAGAAAGACUGAGCUUUUCUAUUCCAGACAUAAAAGGUAGAGGGAAAGGUAAAGGAAAAGCAAUACAAUUUCUAACAAAAAAUUUUUAAAAAGGUGAUAGAAUUCUGAAUUUCACUAGGUAAUUCUGUGUUUUCCUAGUGUUUUAGAGGUAAGUAGAAAAAUUUAGAGGUUAAAACUUUUAGCCAAAUCCUGCUUUUACUUGUUAGGGUAAACAAGAAACAUUGUUUCAGGCUUUAUCACAUGUGAGGUUAUUUUGGAGGUUUGUUUAUUUGUGUAUCUGAAAGCUUUUCUUUCUUGCAGUCAUUUUAUAUGUAUUUGUAUUUAGAAAUUUAUAACUUUUUAUGAGAAAUUUGGUUAUAUCUGUUUAAGAGAUAUCUCUACCAUAUUUGUUUAUAUUAUCAAUAUGAAAUUUAAAAAGUAAUCUCUUGGCCUUGGUUAUGGUUUUUCUCUUUUGACUUAGUUUCAGUCUGUACACAAUUUGUAGCUUUUAAACAGAAAUCUAUUAUUUUUAAAUCACAGCUUUUCUAUUACUUUCAUUCUAACCUCCUGUUGCUAUAAUUAACAUUUAAUUGCACCCUCACCGAAAAGGCUCAGAGGAUGAGGAAAAGCAGGUCAUUUACUUUGUUCAUCUGAUGUAUGUGCAGUUUUUUUCUUUUUUUCAUUGUUUGUCUCUUUAAUAGCACAAUGGACAGAGGGAAUUAAGAAAAUUAUAAACUGGAAGAGUUGCCUUGGGGAUCAGGAGUGCAUUUGAAACUACUUAAUCCUCCUUUUCUAAACUCUAUAUACUCCACCUUGAAGCUCAGGAUGCGAACCAUUUAUCGUAACCGUUAUAUUUUUGAUGUUUCAAAAAAUCAAAUGCCGUACCGUUAUCCCCUGG